UAGACUUAUAUAAGGAAUAGGAGGAAACACUUCUAAAAAUAGAAGUUGUCGGUACAGUAGGCCUGCAGGAGCUAUCGUUUGUGCCCGCCACGGCGCCACCCACGUUGUCAUUCCGUCGAACACCUCGCGGGCACCGCCGUCUCCUCCACAUCCCGGCGGCUAAUCCCAGGUGAUGAUGGACAGGUUCUUCUCCUACGCCUCCACCGCCCCACGGCGGAGCGAGGACGCCGGCAUCACCCUCCUCUCGGGCCCUCCGUGCUGCGGGAAGACCUCGCUCCUCUUCCAGUUCGCGGUGAACCGCGCGGCGGAGAGCGGCCGUAGUGUGGUGUUCAUCUGCAGCAAGGGGAGGCUGGAGAGCAACCCACCUUUCUUGUCCCAGGGUGUUGACCCGUCGAUGAGCGCGCUUCAUAGGGUACAAAUCAAAUACGUUGAAGAUGGCGAGGAAAUCAGAAAUUACUUUGCUGCAUUUCACCUGCAUGAUAACUUCCCUGCUGCAGUCAUUGUUGAUGAUUUUGCAGAUUUCUUCUCUGAAAGGAGCUGUCAACAAAGGUAUGGAAAUACCAGGGCUCGAGAUCUAGCAAUGGUUCGCAUAUUAGCUUUGUGCCAAAAUGCCAUUGCGCAUGCAAAUGCAAAGCUCGGAACCCUUGGGUCUUGCGAACUCUUGCUCUCUGAUGUACAGCACGGUGACACCCCAAGAUCACUGUUCAUUUACAAGAGAUGGAUAAGUUCCAUAUACACAAUCCAAGGUGACGGCGUGGGAUCCUACAUACUUAGUAACAUUGGCAAUUCAGAAAGUGGAACCAAGGAAGCAAGAACAGCAAAAUACUCAAUAGCACUGCAGUAUCUUGUUCUUGAAGAGAUCAGGAAUGGAUAACUUUUUGUUCUUUUAUUUAACUUCAGUGUCAGAGAAUGUAGAAAAGUUACCUUAGGCAAUUAGAAAACAGAGAUUGUAUCAGCCAAUAGCUAAUUUACAUACAGUAUACAGUCUCCCAGUUCCCAUUGGGGCACGAUUUUAAGUGAGAAUUUGCAUCCC